CGAGGGCGAGUGGGGGCGGAGCCUAAGCCUCUGCGGGGCCUCGCUCCGUCAGUCGCUGCUCUGAGGCGUCUGUUGCUGUUUGUUGUUUUCCGCCCAGGAGGGGCGGCAGGGAAGCUCGCCUUGCUCAGCCGCCGCCGCCGCCGCCGCUGCUCUCCCCCCGCAGCCCUGGGAAGAUGCCGCUCUUCACCAGCAACCCAUUCGACCAGGAUGUGGGAAAGAGAAUGACAGUAUGGAGAACUCCUGGAUGUAGAGAGUUUCAAGCCUUGCCUGAAGCCUCCAAUGCUGCGAGCUGCUCCCCAUUGCUGUCCCUGCUUGUAAGGCAGUGAUGGAGACCCUGUGGUCCACCAGAUGUUGAUGACCUCUUAAUUCUCAUAAGCCUGAGCCAGAAAUGGUAAGAGUCCAACAUCUGGAGGGCCACAGGUUCUUCAACUCUGUUGUAAAGGUUAGAUCUGGAAAGAAGGAAGGGCUGGUAGCAGCAGAGGUAUUACACAGUGGGCGAGGUGGUAAAGCCCAAACUGAAUUGGCCUGUCCUAACUUGUUUCAAAUUUUCCUAGCCCCACCUUUGGAUCUGACUAUAAGUCAGAGGAAUUGUGUUUUUGAGCUACAUUUCAAGGCAAAGUUCAAGCAAGUACAUGAUAGUGUAGAUGAUUAUGAUUGGCUUGCAGGAUCUACUGGAGCGGCUGCAACAGAAAUGUGUUGACUUGACAAACCAAUGUGCUAAUGUCUUGAGUAAUGAGAUGCCGCUAUUGAACAUGUUCACACCCUCAGAACUACAAGCGUGCUAUGUUUUCUUCAGAGUUCAUAUAUUGCUUUGUUUCAACCUGAAUUUCAUACAAUGCUACAUUAGUGUCAACAUAAUUCAGAGUAGAAUGACCAUAUCAGUUUUGAUGCAUUUAUAUUUAGAGUUGAUACUGAAGUUUCACUUACUUGGUAAAGUUCACCCCAAGCCUUUUUGUGUCAUUUAGAAAAAGCUACCAGUGAAAUGAAUACUGCUGAAGACUGGGGGCUCAUCUUAGAUAUUUGUGAUAAAGUUGGACAGUCACGAACUGGGCCUAAGGACUGUCUUCGGUCUAUUAUGAAGAGAGUGAACCACAAGGAUCCCCAUGUUGCUAUGCAAGCGCUGACCCUUUUAGGAGCAUGUGUCUCAAACUGCGGUAAAAUAUUUCAUUUAGAAGUAUGUUCAAGAGAUUUUGCUAGUGAAGUAAGCAACGUGUUAAAUAAGGGUCAUCCAAAAGUCUGUGAAAAAUUGAAAGCACUCAUGGUGGAAUGGACAGACGAAUUCAAGAAUGAUCCCCAGCUUAGUCUGAUAUCUGCAAUGAUAAAGAACCUUAAGGAACAGGGUGUUAUGUUUCCAGUUAUUGGUUCACAGGCUGCAGAACAAGCAAAAGCAAGCCCAGCUCUAGUAGCCAAAGAUCCUGGGAUAGUAGCAAACAAGAAGGAGGAAGAGGAUCUAGCUAAAGCUAUUGAAUUGUCACUUAAGGAACAAAGACAGCAACCAACGCCGCUUUCCACUCUUUAUCCAAGCACCUCAAGCCUCUUAACUAAUCACAAGCAUGAGGGCCGAAAGGUUCGGGCUAUUUAUGACUUUGAAGCUGCUGAAGAUAAUGAACUAACAUUUAAAGCUGGAGAACUUAUCACUGUACUUGAUGACAGUGAUCCAAACUGGUGGAAAGGUGAAACACAUCAAGGGACAGGAUUAUUUCCUUCCAAUUUUGUAACUGCUGAUCUUACUGCUGAACCAGAAAUGAUGAAAACCGAGAAGAAAACCGUGCAAUUUAGUGAUGAAGUUCAAGUUGAAACAAUUGAACCGGAGCCUGAACCAGCUUUUAUUGAUGAAGAUAAAAUGGACCAACUGUUGCAGAUGCUGCAAAGUGCAGAUCCAGGUGAUGACCAGCCAGACCUCCCAGAGCUGAUCCACCUUGAAACAAUGUGCCAUCAAAUGGGACCUCUCAUUGAUGAAAAGCUAGAAGAUAUUGACAGGAAACAUUCUGAGCUGUCAGAGCUCAAUGUGAAAGUUAUGGAGGCACUCUCAUUAUAUACCAAGUUGAUGAAUGAGGAUCCAAUGUAUUCAAUGUACUCAAAACUACAAAACCAACAAUAUUAUAUGGCUCAGUCCGGUGUUUCUGGCUCUCAGGUUUAUCCAGGACAACCUCAAAGCAAUGCAUAUUUGGUGGCAGGAAAUGCACAGAUGGGUCAUGUUCAAGCCUACAGUCUUCCAUCAGAGCAACUACCACCUCUGAAUCAAGGCACAAUUACUCCAGCAGCAAGCUCUGGAUUACCUAGUCAGCCAGUUCAGACAUCUUACACAAACACAAUGGUUGGUUCUGUUCCAGGAAGCACAUAUUCUAGCCAAGCUUCAGUCUACAGCCCACCCCCAGCUGCUACUGCUGAUGUUGCUGCUUACCAGAAUUCUGGAACUAUAUCUCAGGUGCCAAACUAUAACUUAGUCGCCUCAUCUCUGCCGCAGCCACCAGGCAGCCAACCACCACCACCACAGCAACAACCUCCAUCAUCACAACAAAAUACUUAUUCCCAGAAGGCACUACUAUAGGAUAGAGGACUUCUGAUUCCUAAUCUACUCUAACCUCUGCUGACGGCAGUUUACAAUGUUAUGAGUUUAUUCCUUUAAUAUCUUAAACGUGGGUUAUCCUCGGCUUAAUAGGAAUCUUUCUUGGUGAACAAGUAUAAUGAUUCUAUUUGCACUGACUUUUUAGGAUUAUUAUUUUUUUAAUUUGCAAAGGAAUUAAAAUACUUAGGACAUUUAAUUCCUUUAAAAAUGCCUAAAAUUGGUACAAGGUUAUUUAUGUCUGCUGAAACUGGCUAGUUUGUGACGAGUCAACUUGGCAAACUGUUGUGGCAUAUAUGUUUAUGUACAUAUAGUGUGUUUGUGUUAGUGGCCGUUUUGAAUUACUAUGGUGAUCAUGUGCAUAUAUAACACAGUGUUAAAAUAAUUUACUGUUUUAUUAAUCAUGAACAGAUGGAACAUGUUCAUGGAUUUUAUAAGGAUGUUUGUUCAAAGUGUAGGAGAAGGCUCUAACCUGCAUAUCACAAAUACUUACUGGCUAUGGAUAUGCUCUUGAAACUGAACUGCCUAGUUUUUUCAUUAGUUGUACAUUGAAUGUGAGUGUGUCCUUCCUUCCCGUAGCCUUUGGGUGCUACUAGAUGACACUAUCUACCAAAGUAAGGGGUCUAGAACUUCAGGCACUCUGCAUUCAGAAAAGAUUCUGCUUUUAUGAAUAAUGGUUUCAAAAUAAUAACUUGCAAGCUGCUAAACAUAUGGGACCAUGAAACACAUCUGAACCAUUUUAUCUUUAUUGUUUAAAUUAUGUAACUUACAUUUCCAUGCUAGUUUUGUGUCACCUGAAUGCUGAAUAGUUAUAUUCUGUGUAUGUUGGUGGAGAUCACACCAAAGACAGAGAGGGGGCACUUUGGAUGUGAGUGAGUGGCGUUUUUAAACUGGAACAAGAAGAAACACUACAUUUAUUAAAGUCUUGUUAAGGACUGCCAUAA